AUCAUUUGAAUGAUUAAAAGGCAGUACUGUUAUUGCUACACUGAUUCACUGAUUCAUAUGAUAUUUUUAGGAAAUUUAAUAGACAGGCAUAUACAUCAAAACAAUGACAAUAGUAUUAAUGCGUUGCUUUUUUGACGUUUGAAUUCAGGUACACGAGUGUUUCUAGUCAUGGUUAAAACGCAAUUUCGUUAUAAGAAUUCGCUCAUAUUUGUAUCUGGUCACCUGUGACUGUGAAAAUAUUUAUAUUAUUAUUUACAUCUAAUUUAAUUUAUUUAGUAUUAUUUAGUAUUAGUAUUUACUUAUUUAGCCUGUUAUUUAUUAUUAGUGUUUGAAAAAAAUGUUGAUAUAAAUAUGUCAUGGAUAUUCUGUUUAUUUGUUCAAUGUCGUCAAUGUUAAUUGAAGUUAAUAAAAUUAAAAAGUAUGAUUAAUAAAAGUAAUUAGAUUAAUAAGCCUAAAUUAGCCUAUAUUAUAUUUUAUAUAUUGACAUUAUAUUAUAAUUUAUACUAUAAACCUACAUUAUUUUAUUAUAUUAUUAUGAUCUUUCAUUUAAAUAAAAAAUAUCUUUUAAAUUGUCUUAAAACUGUUAAAGCACUGACUCAGUCACUGACGCUGAAACUCACUGAAACAAAGUGAGUACUAGUACUGGGUAAAUCAGUCUCUUUCUCACUCAAUUUCAAGUCCAUCGACAAUUCAUCAAUGCUUAAUUUAGUAAUAGCUAUUUUAAAUUAGUUACAUUAAACUUAAUUAAAUUAAAUUUUAAAUUAAACUAAGUGUUUGUGAAUGUUUUGCUAGACCCCAGCGUUAACAUGUUAGUGAAUGGCAGCCAGAAAUCACCAACCAUCUUUCAAAAAUCUUUAUUAAAAUUAACUUGGAUAUGUAAAUGUAUGAUAUGAUAUUUAACCAGUUCCAAAUUUUUUUAGAUAGGAAACUUGUAUAUAUAUGUAUCGAAUAUUUAUAAUAUAUCGAAGUGGCUAUUCGGACCCGGGUCAGAGAAGUGAGAGAUUGGGAUUAAAAAAUUUUUUAAAAAUAUUAUUGUUAGAUUGUAAGACAAAAUUUGGUAUCAUAUGAAAGAUAAUUGAAUGUACGAUUUGUUUUUAAACUUACUUCUUAUGUUUAACUAAAAUAAACUACCACAAAUGACAUCCGAAUAGCAUUUAGUCUAUUGGGACCCGGGUCCGAAUAGCGGCGAUGCGUUUCCAGUUCCAUUUUUACUACAUGCUAUUUGGAUGUCAUUUGUGGUGGUUUAUUUUAAAUAAACUGAAGAAAUAAGUUUAAAAACAUAAUAGUAUAGUUCAUUCAAUAAAGUUUCAUUUGAAACCAAAUUUUGUAUUACAAACCCUACAAUAAUUUUAAAAUAUUUUUUAAUAAACCCAAACUCUCACUUCUCAGACCCGGGUCCGAAUAGCCGCCGCCAUAAUAUAUAUUAAGUAAAUCUAAUUUAUACUAAUAUGAACUCUUUUUUUUUUUUGUACUGAUGAAAGCGUUCACCGAAAUGUCUACAUUUGGGUUUUAUAAAUAACCAUUAUUAAAGCUUAACGUAUCAUGUUUUAUUUACACAAAUUGUUUGUGUCUAAUUAAUUUUAUUCCAGUUAUAAUAAUAUUACUAAAGUGCACAACCCAAUUUGUCAAUUAAAAAGUGAAUCAUAAUGGGAUAUCAAACAUACAAAAAUAUUUGUUUGGUACCCAGUGAAAGCUUAACCUUUAUAUUUUUCAAUGACUUCAACACGACGUCACGAUCACCCACUUUCAAUUACCAAGGACGUCACAUUGUCGUCAUAGCAAAGAUGCAAAGAACUUUUCUGAAAUACCAAGGACGUCGCGUUGAGAUCAUGUUUCAAUGCUAUAUAUAUAUCUUUAUUCCUUAAUCUAUAGAGAAGUUAAUUAGCCAAUCGGAUAGAGAAUAAAAUAAUACUGGAAUUGUUUCAUCUUGAAUUGCUGAGUCAGCAAAAAUUGAUGCCAAAACCAGCAGUAAUGAAAGGGUUAACCAUUUUAUGAUUUUUUUAAUACCAAGUUUGUCAAUAUGUCUCAGAGAAAUAACUAAUUAUUUGAUAUAGAGAAGAAGCUACCCCCUGUUUCUGUAUUUUAGAAUCUUAAAUUCAAAGCCCGUCUAUAUGCAGGUGUCAUUAAUUUUACAAUUAUUAAAUUCUUUAAAUUUGCCUCAAGUUGGAAUUUCAGAAAAAAUUAGUAAUGUAAACUUUAUAUCUUCUCCUUAGAAAAACAUAGCCUGGAACUUUUUAACUUAAUAAAAAAUGAGAUCUGGAAAAACUUUAAAAAAUUUUACAUUGAUAUCAAAAACAAGGUAUUGGAAAACCCCAUAGUGUGAUAUUAAAAACGUAAGGUUUAGGGACCCAUUUUCAACUAGAUAGCACAACUUUAAUAUCUCUAGAUCCAGCCAAAGGAAACUCAUAUGAACAAAUUAUCAGAUGGCGCUUGCAUUUUUUUUGUGUCCCGUAGCUUUUUUUCCAUGCCUAGUUGAUACAGAAGGCAUGAUAAAAAUUUUACAAUUAAAAAUGGUAAUUUAUCAUAAUGGGUCAGUAGCAUUUUAUUUACAAUGCUAAAUUAUGAUAUUAACAUUUAGGAAAAUAUUAUAGAGAAUAUAUGUUCAUUCAGCCCUCUUGUGAUCCAACUAGUGGGAGGGGAGGUUUCUAUUUUUGUCCACACUUAAUAGGUUUACAAAGCUGGGGGACAGGCUGAAAAGAAUGUGAACUUGGCCCACACUUCAUCUAAAAACUGUUUACAUGGCAGCUGUAUGUAGAGCCAGGUCUCUAUUUUACAUUCAUUCUCUUUUGUUCUAUAACAAGCCUCUUUUGAUCUUCAGCUGUUUCAUUUUCCAAUUCCUGUUCAUCUAAGUGCUAUCCAAGAAAAAUAGCUUGUUCUACAAAGAUGAACUAGCCAUCAUUUAUUCUUCCAACAUUUUCCUCCCUGUGUAAACUUCUAAUUGAGAUAUUACCACAUUAGCUCUUUCAUUGCAGAGCACUUUAAUACAGAGCGUCACAACUCGUGUUCCAUGGCACACUGGCAUUCCACUGUGUGAUACUAGGUGUGCUGCGGCAUAAUGUAUCCAAGAGUGCCAAAAUUAUUCAGUUUAUAAUGUGCUCAUGUGAUUAAAGUAUGUUGACAUAAAAUGCAGUGGCUCAUCUAGGGUUAACAUCAUCUGGGGUGGGCCAAGAUUACUGCCACCCCCCCACCCCCCCCCCCCCCCCCCCCCCCCCCCCAAAUCGAAAAAAACUCUGUAGUUUGCCUAAAAUGCCACCCCUAAAUAUAAUUUUUUAAAAGAUCAACUCGGAAUUACAUUUUUUCCUUGACAUCCAUAUUUCUAUAUUGUUUUUGUCUUAUCACUGUUAUUUAAUUCCAGUUUUUAUCAUGUUCACCUCGUGGGUAUAAUAGAAGAAUGGAGGAAAGAUCCUACAGCAGUCUAGGUCGUCAUGGUACAGUAAACUUUGAUACAUAAUUGCAAUAUAAUAUUUGUAAUUAUUUAUGACAUAAAUGUUAGUUGGAUAUGAAACUUGGAACCUUUAUUCUAAAACUAUGGCUUGAGAUAGAGGACUCUGCCAAAUGAAUUUAACAGUUUAAGAUUUCCAUUUUUUCUUCAGGCUGUUUUGAAAAUAUUUUAAGCUCCAUUGACCAAAAAAAAAUUAUUCUUACAGGUUUAGCAUCAAGUUAUUCUUAUCUUGAUGGCGUUCCAUUUAAAAUUAGUUCAAAUUUCAGGCAAUCGCCAGAGGUAAGCGUAAUAUUAAUUAUAUGUCUUAAAACAAUUUAUUAGCAGUAUGCUUUACUAAUCAGCUUAAUAUGUAAAUUCCUCUAAGAAUGGUUUUUAGUUAUUGUUAAUAUUAUACAGGGCAGUUUUUUUAAUUUUUAAAAUCAAUUUUCUUAACCUUAAAAAAAACAUCAAUUGAAGGCUAAAGAAUUAUUUUCUAGUGAUAUUGCUUUUCAAUUUGAAUUCCAGGCUGUUACUUUUCCGGAACUCACAAGGUCUGAUAUUUCCAAAGUUUUAAGCAAUGAGGUAAAUUUAUUUGCUGUUACUUAUUUUCAUCUUAAUUAGUUUUUAGAUACCAUAUUUUCAUAACUGAUGGUUGCAAUUUUAUACUUUAACUGAUAAAAGUUUAUGUUAUAGGGUCAAGUUAAUUUGUUUGUCUUUGUGUUGUUUUUUUCUACAAAUGUUUAUAUAAAUCUCAUAGAAUACUUAUCAUACAUUAAUUUAUUAUUUAUAUAUUCUUUAAUUGUGUGUCUUCAGUACAUUUAAUAUUUGAAUGUCCAUCCACCUCUUUCAUUACAACUUUUUGUACUAGCUUUAACAGUUAAGGUUGCAAGAUAAUAGUUUUAAUUUCAGACAUAUAUCAUUUGCUUAAAUGGAAAUUGAAGUUUAAUUCCUUUUUUUAAUAAUGUUUUACUUUCAGUACUCAUUUGAAACAGAAGAAGGAGUGCUUAACUGGGCACGUGCAAGGGAAGCAGCAGCCAAAGAGGCAAACUUGAAACAACAAAAAGCAAAAGAACAAAGGGAAAAAGAGAAAAAACUUCAGGAAGCUUGUGUCAGCCACAACAAUGACACAGGAAGAAAUGAAGAAACGCAGGUUGAGGGUUACCAGAUCAGUACAAAUAUGUACGACAUUCCAAGGAAGACCUUACAGCCUGAAGAAGACCAGAAUAAAAUUGCCCCCAAGCCUCAAGUAUUACCUAAACAUAUGUUAAAAACAAUCUCAGAGCCUGGAACUAUAUUAAAACCAACUCCCAUACAUUCUUCCAUAGCUAAAAAAACCAAUGAAUUAGAGAAUAACUCUCAUUUUGAUGUUUCUAUGUUUGAAUCUGAAGAUGACCCAUUUGACAAUCUUGAACUGCAGACUAUCAAUGAUAUGGAAGAGCUUAAAGUAGUUCUUGAUUCAUCUGCUCCAUCAAAUGUUGGAGGAAAUGGUCAAUUACCAUCAGCCUUUAAUAACCCUUCAUCUAUCUUACCCCAAGCUGUUGAGUCAGAUUCAGAAGGCUUUUAUGAUGUAGCAAGUGUGAUACCAGAAAAUACAUGGGUAAAGUUUACAGAUGAUGAACCAGAAAUGAAAUUAAACUGUGACUCACAGAAGAAAAGUCCUGACCAAACUGGGGCUGCAUCUGAGGUCCACAACUCCUGUCUUCAGCCAGCAGAUUCUGAAGAUGGGGAAUAUUUUGAGAUCAAUAACCAGGCUGCUCUAUUCCAGAACAACCUUAUUAAUGGGGCUCACAGUGUUCUAAGUCCAACCAGCUGGCCUUCUCACGGUUUGUCUUCUGAAACCGCCUUAGGAGGAAAACUUCCUUCUCAUAUGGCAAAUAGUAAACUGUUCAGACCUGUGCUGCCACCUAUAGGCAUACCAUUAGACACUUCAGGGGAUAGCACUUCUACUGUUCAAAAUCCACCUCAGUCAACCAACCCCUUUCUUCAGUCAAUGGGAAAUGGCUACAACCCCUUUCUUCACAAUCAACCCAACCCAGAGCUGGGACAAAUUGACAAAUUUUCUGACCAGCCCCAAUCACUUGCUGGUUUUAGUUCUGAUGCUGACAGCCUGAAAUCUGCCAAACUAAUUCCACCACCUGUGGCAACAAAGCCAGUUCUUAGAAACAGACAAUCUGGAUCAGGAGCCAGAAUGUGGUCAUCAGUAGGCCCUUCCUUAGUGUCUUCAUUGGAUGAAUCAAGCACAAAAUCGGAAAUCUUUCCUGGCAACCCAUACAGCAGACAUAGCUUGUCUAGCACAGAUCUUCAGUUAUCAACUUCAGAGAUGGCUGAAUCAAAUAGAAAAUCUCCAAUUCUACAGAACUCAUUACCUGCGGUUCCACAGAAUCCUGCAUCAGUCGUAAGUUUUUAAUUAUAAUUAUGUCAUUUGGACUUAUUUUCUAAUACAGUUAUAAAUCUGAAUGCAGAUAUUUGCACAAUGAAAUGUAAAGAUCAAUUCAAUCAAGUGAUGCCGAUUCCCCAGCUCUUGUUAGAUAUCUAACGUCUUUAACAUCUUCACUGGUCAAUUAUUUUUAAGUUACGUAUUUGUUUGGUCAAGUGGUAGCAAUAUGUCAAUGCCUGGUGUUAAGUCUCAUGCCUGGUGUUAAGCCUCAUGCAUGGUGUUAAGUCUCAUAGCCGAAACUUAAUUUGUUAUAACUAUAUUUUAUGCUAAUUCAUUGAUUGGAGCAAAUUAGGAUAGACAGCCACACUAAUAUCACCUUCCAACAACAAAAAAUGUUAAGGGGCUUUGUAGCAACACCCUCCAUGCAGACUAGGAAUCAAAAUUUUGUUCUGAUCUGCAGCUAAAACUCUUGACUUAAGCUUUCACUCAAUAUUACUUAAGCUAAAUUAGCUCUUCCAAAACUUCUCGACUGCCUCACCAUGAAAGUGAUCUAUUACACAAUUUGUGAUUUCCAUCAAAAGAAGAUACUAAAUUCACUCAGUCCAUAAGUAGGGUAUCAAAAUAAUCAAAAAAAUAUGUGCAUCUAGCCUUUCUCUCGUAAUUAUAACGGGCUUGGAAAAUAUUAUAAUUCCAGAUAGCUAAUAUAGCUUUUGAAAUAGAAUGAUUAUUUUUUUUGAUACAUGACAUUGUUUUGCAUGGAGAAAAUAUUUCUAAUAAAUAAACAUUGUUGUGUUUAAGGUCUUAGGGUUACGCCCCAAAGAAGCAUAUGUGUCUUCCAUGUGGCAUGGAACUUCUGUCUGAAGCAGAUUCUGCUGGAAAAUUUUUUAUUACCAGCAUAUCCAAUCAUUGAGAGCAUAGGGUUAACAUUUAAUUCACUGCAACAAAAAAAAACGAGCUUUUUAGAAACCUUUAGAAACCAAACUUGUGUGAUGAAUGGCCCAAGCAUUGGUUAGCACUUGUAGUACUUUUGUUCUCAUUAAAAAGCUAUAAACCACGACUGUAACCUCUCACUAAUGGUGAUCCAUGCAUUUCAACAGUAUGUUACUAAACGAAAUUUUCUUGAUGUUAAAAACCCUCUAAAAAAAAAAAAAGUAUAUUGACAACCCCAUCUUAUCUGUUUCUAGGCAUCUUGCAUAUGACAACACUUGAUCCAAAGUUCCAGAUUUGUUAUCUGGUAAUUGAGCGAAUCCAGUUGUAAUCCAAACUCUUUUUUACUUCUAUUAUGCUGUCACAAAUAAUCUUCUAUAUUUUUUGCCUUGUGUUCAUGAACUAAGAACAUCACUAUUUAGUGGUAGGAUGAGUUCUUCACUGAUUUUUUUUUUUUUUUUCGUGAUUUAGAAAUCUACUAGUCUAUGCCAGGUUAUAGUAUAUAAUACAUGCAAGCCAUGGAUGUUUUGAUGAGAAGUAUUAAUUUAUGAACAUGUUUGAAAGUAUUUGCAAAGAGUAUUUAAUACUAUUACUAUUAAGGCAGUGUUGUCAAUUCACAGCGUCGAGCUAUGAAUAAAUGUGAAUUGUUGUUAAUGGCCGCUAAUAAUAUUCCUAAUAUAAUUACCUCCGCCCUGUUUGAGAGUCCCAGUCAUUUUCUAAACAUAUCCAUUUAUAACUUUCAUUUGCAACUUAGAAAGCUGAGCAGUUUGUGACUUUUCAUAAGGUUUACAAUAUUCCAUAAAGCAUUGUCCAUCAAUAAAUCAAAAGAACUUAAAUUUUCUUUCAUUCCUGAACCAAAAGAUUUAAUAUUUUAACAUUACAGCAUCCGUUUUUAUCGCACUUGAUGGGGACCCAGAUAGGAAAUUGCAUGUGGCUGCAAUAAAAAAUUCAUUAAAAUUGGGAUUAUUUGUUCUGUGUUUCCAGCAUUUUUUAACCAUUGUCCCAACUGCAGCCAUUAAAAUUAUCAAAAUUUAAUUGAAUUUUAACUAUUUGAAACUAUGGUUACUGUAUGUGUAACACACACAAAAAAAUACCUUGGUAUUUUGAAAAGCAUAAAAUUCUUGUGUGUUUUUUUUUGUGUGUUUUUUUAAUGUCACUUUCACAUGAAACUUUAAUGUGCUUGUACUGUACUGAAGUCUAUUUAAAAAUAAAAACCCUGGGGAAAAUAAAAUAUGCUCCAUCCAUUAUCUGUAUUUCAAUUACAGGUUUAUAUGUGAAUAAGUUUUGGACUUUUACAUGAAAAAUAUAUUCCACAUAAAUCCUUCUUCAUUUUCCUAUAAGUGCUCUUUGAAAUCAUAAUUUCUAACAAAAAUUUGCUUUAAUGAUGCCAGAAUGCAAUUGUUCAUAAUAAAUGGCAAAUUAAUAAGUAUUGCUCUAUUUAUUUAUUUUUUUUGAGGUAAUAUCUAGCGCUACUAUUUUAUUGUUUUCUAGAUAAGACAAUAAAUUCAAACUCAUUUUAUUUAUUAUCUGCAACUGACUAAUUUAAAGAAACUAUAAAAUUCCAGCCAUGGAACAGGCACAGACCUUUACCACCUACACCCUCUCCAACUAUGCUAGAUAACUACAAAUCCAGUCAACUCCCACAAAACCAGACAGCUGGUUUGUCAGAUCCCUACCCAAGCCUCUCCAGAGAGGCCCAGGUCUUUACAAACAGUCUCACAUCUAUGGGCUUUCUAAGAGCAAGAGUGGCCCGAGCUGUGGCUACAUUUGGAAUGGAUGAGAAAGAGGUAAAUAUGAGUCAUGAUAAUUUGAUUUUCCUAGUUGUAUGAAAUAAUAGAUCUUGUGCUAUAUAUAAAGUUGAUUCAGUCGGCACCUGCUUUCAAUAAAUUCAGUAUGCAAUUGGGAGGAGUGUUUCCUUUGUAAUUUUUUUACAGUUUAUUAUUUUAUUUAGAUGCAGGUAUUAGUCAGCCAAAGGGACAAUGUUUAAAUGGCUUAAAUAAUUAAUAUACAUCAGAAGAUUGAGAAUAUUUUUGAAGAAGGCCCUGAAGUGAUAGGAGCCUAUACCUGUUUUAAAAAUUUGAUCCCCAACAGUGUGAUUUUAUCAAUUUUCUCAUGUCAUAGGUUAAUUAUUUACCUUAGAAAAAUUAAAGAUUCAGUUUAAUAUGAGCAUGCAUCUGGAAUGCAUUCUCUUGCCAACAGAGAUUCCUAAUCUGACAGUAUUUAGUGUUCUCCAUUGUUUAUGGCAGUUGUCAUGACCAGGCAAAAACUUCUGUCUUACUUUAUUCUUUGAACAGUGGUUGCAAAUCAAGGAACCUUUCAAGUAAAUAGUAGUACCACCCUAAUAGUACCCAAUCAUCAAUUUUCCCCCAGCACAAGAAGCAAAUUAAAAUUUAUGCACACAUAUCCGAUAUACUUAACAAAGUUAUAUAAUUAUUUUUUUUUUAACAAACUGAGAUAUUUCUAUUAUUUCACUCAAUUUGUAAAGUUCCAUUUAUCAUAGAUUCAAUUUAAUUUUUUUUAGUUCAACACUCCCAUAAUGUAAUUUUUGGUGGAGUUUUUAUGGGGUUAGCUUCACAGAUCUAGUUAGGGAAAUUUGUAUCCAAUUUUGCACUCUACCAAAAUAACAGGAUCAUGCUGGAUGUGACCUUGUGGACAUCUUAAAAAAUGUCUGAAUUAUAAUGAGUGCAAAAGGGAUCAUAAACCAAUUUAACAGUUACCACUGUUUUAUACUAAGUGACAAUUUUGCAACAUAAUUAAUGGAGCAUAACUAGGGGGUUCAAACACUCUUGAUGGCAACCAUUGGGUUUUUUUUAUUUAUAUGGAAAGCUCUUUUUGGAUUUGAAUUUAUUGAUAGUGAUUUUUAUUUUCACUCAUUUAACUUUAUGAAAGGUCCUUGAUCAUUUGAUUGCUGUAGACCAACUUGUUGAAAAGAAAUAUGCACCGGGCCUUGUUGAGUCAGCUUUACAUACUUGCAAAAAUGAUACUGUAAAGGUAAGAGCUUGAACAACACUUUCAUUUUUUAUUUAAUUUGCACUUAUGAGGGAGGAGUUAAUUGUAAAACUGAAGCUGAACAUGUAUUUUUUAAUCGCUCCAUGUCAGGCUCUUCAUAUUUGACAAGGCCAGGAUAAUGAAAUAAGUUGAAAUCUUUGAGUCAAAACUUUUCUUUGUGACAUUCACACCUAUAGUUCUAUUAUUCUCUUUUAGAAUUAUUGAAUCCAAUUUCACCUCAUCAGAUGUUGAUUAUUAGAGUUUUACUGUUUAACUAGAUUUGUAUCAAUUUGUUUGUGUCAUAUUUUUCUUUCUACUAAUUUUAAGUACUAUUGACUGAUGUCUGAGAAAUAAAUAAAUGGUAAAUAAUUGUAUAAUAAUUUUUCUUUUUUUUUUUUUUAAAUAAAGAAAGUUUUAAAAAUUAAUUUUGUUUAUAAAAGAAGAAUGGCAACACUAUUGUUUUUUUUUUGUUUGAAAUCCCCCCCAGCAAUUAGGAAAAUAUCUUUUAAAGCUGAAUUCACUUUAUGAAUCCUCUCAUUAAAAUACAACAACUAAAGGUAUUCCAGUAUUUUUUUUCUCAAGUUUUCAUUUAUAUCAUUUUUUAAAAACUAUUAAACAUCAGCAAUAUAUAUUCAACUAACAUAUAUUUUUAAAAUUCUGUUCACCAGGCAGAGAAAUUUCUCAACAUGCAUUCACAGUUUCAGGAGCUUGGUUUCCAAAGUGAACAAAUCUUCAAGGCCCUCAUUGCCACAGACAUGCACUAUGAUAAGUCACUAGAUAUAUUGACAGCAUGAGCACAUCUGCGGAUUGUUUGGCAACCAGUGCAAAACUUGAGUGCACUCUGGGUCCAAGUUGGUGUGGAUACUUGACAACUUUAAGGUCUAAAAUUCUCUUUACAGGAAAAGAGAAAAAAAAGGAGUACAUUUUCCUAAUGAGUUACUGCAACAUAAACUUUGCGAGUUAACGGCACUGUCUCCUAUAUUAAGCCAUAUACAUGUUUUUUGCAGUCCCUAACAGUUUUCAUGUUGCUUUGAGUAAGCUUUAAUGGUUUCAUUUAAACUGAGUCUGUGGAUACCUAUGAUAUUUAUCAGGUUUUACACUAUAUGAAUGUCAUGAUCUUACCCAGCAACAAUGUUAUUGUUGCCUCUUUGUAGCUGGCACUAAAGGUAGAAAGCAGGCCAACAUUGUCAAAAGCGUUAUCAUUGUAAACGUAAAUUUAGGGCCCUUGCAAAACACUUCACUAAAUUAGCAUUGACAAUGUAAAAUUUUCUCCUAUAAAAAAGCGAGAUGUAUAAUAACUCUUGUAAAAAUUUAAUUUGGGGUGCAUCCCUUUUCAGUUAAUUUUGAAACUGGGCGCAGCCACAAACCAUGAUUUAAAGGCAAAUCUUACUUUUGAAAGAUGUCUUGUUAAAAAAGGUAUUCACUAUUGUCAAAGCUAUAGCCGUUUAUAAAUUAAAAUAAAUUAGGAUCCCUAUUCCAAAAGGGGCCAUUUUAGUUAUCUCUAAAACAUGGGCACAAUAAAAAUCAUUCACAUAAAUAUUCAAUUUAAUUUUUCCAUUAAAAUCUGAAGGAAUUUCCAUUAAAAUUUUUACUAUUGUGAUCUCCGGCACCAAAAGAACUUAUUCUUUAAUAUUUUACAGCAAAUUAGGUUGGAUAACGAACAAACUUUAUUUUAAUUAAUGUCCCAUAAAAAUCUGUUGAAAAACGCCAAAGAUAAAGGAUUUUAUUGAAAAUAAAAUUGGGGACCCCCACGUGCACAAAAAGAUGUGUCUAUAAAUAGUUUGAAAUCCACAGAUAUUUUAAAAGGGAUUAUGAAAAGUAUGUUCACCAAGUUUGGCAUAGAUGCAACAAUUUAUGUUGAAGCUUUCAUUGAAAACUAAGCCUUCAUCUGUAGCUUUGGCUAUUAUAAGGAAAAUACAUUGCAGAAAAACCUACAAUCAUUUGGAACUUUCUAGGAACUUAAGAAAUUUUCAACUCUCGUUUCAUGACAUUAGAGGAAAAUCAUAGAGACUUAAAGAAACAUUAGAAAUAUAAAAAGGACAUUUAUAUUUUCUUCAAACCCUUAUAAAAAAAUAUUCAAACAUUCUAUAAUAAAGUAGAAACUUCAAGAAACUUUUGAAAAAGUUAUAUUCACCAAGUUUGGUUUAGAUCUAUCCAUUAAUUACAAUUUUAUUUAUAUACCUCAUAUAUUAGAGCCCCAAAUCCUGAAGGGGAUAAUUUUUUUUUAAAAUUCAAACCCUGUCAGAAUUUCCUUCUGGAUAUUGAAUAAUAACUAUGUAUCCCAAGUUUGAUCAUGAUCCAUUAAUUCAUUUAGAAAUUUAUGAGGUACAAACAGAUAUAUUUUCUCAUGUAUAUAAAUUAAUGAUUAUUAAACCAGAGAGCUACAUGGAUGAACAUUUAAAAUCUUUUUGAGAGCUUAAAUAUUUAAUUUUUUUUAGUUAAGACAAUCACCUAAUUAAAAAGCACGUUUUACAUACAGGUAUGACGUUUUACAAAUUGAUGAAUAACAGGUGUGACGUUUUAAGGGUAUUUCAUUGUUCAGUAUCUUGCACCUUUUUUAACUGAAACACCACCGCGUCAUUAUCUGAUGUCAGUAAAAAAAAUCUAGACAGAAACUUAUUGUAUGUGGCAUUUAAGAAGUGAAUAGUAUAAUGAAUAUACAGCAGAUAAAUAAUGUAAUAAAAAAAAUAGAAAUCUACCAACGGACUGAAAUAAUUAUUUUUCCAUUUGUAACAAACUGUGCCUUUGAGACAUUGCUAUACUCAUAAAUUCCACCCACCCAUUCAGUGAAUUAGUUUUACUAAAUGCUGAUUCGGGGAUGAAUCGCGCACUUUUGAUUCCCCUUUCCACACAGAAAUCUAAUACUUUAAGUUGGAAAUAAAAUUAAUGAAAGAACUGCCUUCUAGAUAUGUCACAACAAUCUUUAUGCACAUCCCUGAACUAUGUGACAAUUCUAAAGUUUUGUUCAACCCUCCUUACACCAUGCAGCAAUGAACUGUAGUUUCUUAAAAUAGCAAAAUACUUAUUCGACACAUUUAAAGAAUUUGAUUGCAUUAAACGGCCAAUCUGUAUCGUUUAAACAUAGAUCAAAGCUUUAUUUAAAUGCAUGCUGCUACUGCACUAAAAACUUUCCUUUAAUAAAUGUUUGAAAGCACACCUUUAUGAAUAAAUUCUUAUUAAUAAUGCAUACACCAAAAAUAACUUAACUUGAACACCUUAGAAUAGCUUUUACCCACUAAAUUUUAACAUUUUUUAAAGAAAAGCUUUUGAGAUAAGGGGAUUAUGACCAAACUUUCCAGGAACUAUCUAUUGACAUGAGGAAUGACCAUGCCAAAUUUGGUUGUGGUCAAUUGUUUGGUAUUCUUGUGAUUAGUAAACAAACAGUCACAGUUACUCAGAGCUUUACAUAGUAGAUAUGGAAUAGUUUGGCAAGUGUCAGAAUUGACAAUGUAAAAUGUGGUUGGUGGGACUGCAUCCUGAUAUUAGUAUUAUCUCAGACAUUAUACAGUAAAUCUUAUGUUGUUUGAGACAUAGUCUAGACUGGCUAAUGCUAUGUCAGACAUGUUACAGUAAAUCUUAUGUUGUGUCAGACAUAGUACAGACUGGCUAAUGCUAUGUCAGAUAUGUCACUGUGUGACUGGUGAUGUCAGAUAAAAUAUACAACAGGCUCAGAGGUUGGGGCCACAUCUGACUGUUAAACAGUUUAUUUUAAACAUUUGAUCAUUUGAUAUUUAAUACAAUCAAAUUGAUGGAUACACAACGCUAUGACCAUAGUCUGUUUGAAUGUACCGGUACCCCUACUUACCAUUUACUCUAUUAUUUUUUUUUUUAAAUAUAUUAUUAUUGAUUAUAUUGUUGCAAACACAAAUAGUUGUGCAUUAUUUAUCCUAGAGGUGACAGUUGAAACACUACAGUUUUAUUGGAUUUAUAGGUCAUAGUUAAUCCUGUUAGUGAUGGUGAAUUUUGAUUUUUUGAAUUGAAACAGUGAUUGAUUUCCUUAUUAUUUUCACAAUGAUUACUAAAUGACCCUGAUCAAAAAUAAAAAGGAAUAGGUAAAAGUAAAAAUCAUCAAUUAAACCUUUCCUAUUUGGUGAAUUAAAAAGAAUGUCUGGAUAAUUGCUUUAACAGUUGGAAUGACCAAUGUAAGCAAACUGUGGAAUUCAAAAAAAAAAAAUCAUACAUUUUAAAAAUAAAAUUGAUACAUUCAGUCUUUGCAUACUUUAGCACAGGGGUCCUCAAACUAUGGCCCGCCAGAGGCCCUUAAUCUGGCCACCAUAUGGGUACCCAGGUAGCAGUGAUGAAUAUUGGCCAUCGAUUUAGCCAAAAGCAGGCUCAUACUUUCCAUUGAAAUGCUAACAAUGUUCUUCUAAAUUUGUUCUUCAUUUUAAAUAUUAUGUUGUUUUUUUUCAUUUUUUUUUCACUACCGGUACAUAUAAUAUACCUUAUGCAAAGUGCAUAGGAACUUGUUCAGAAUGUUUUCAUACAAAAGUCUGGCUCCAAAGCAGUGUCUGGAGGAUAAUCAACAGGCCCCCUGAUGAAAAGUUUUGAGGACCACUGCUUUAAUGUUUUUUGUUCUGUGGGAACAAGUUUGUUUUUAUUGAGUUUUUUUUAAUUUAUGAAAACAAAUGAGAAGAUGAAGAAGGUAUAUUUUAUUUUGAACAAACAUCCACUAAUAAGGAUACUAUUUAUCAGAAUAAUACAUAUUUAGAGCAAAUAUAUUGGGCUGCUUAAAAACCACGAUUACUUGUUAUCAAUUAACUGUGUUCCCUUAUUGUUAUGUAAAUUUUACUAGUCAUUGAAAAAUAAAUAUUUUCAAAUAAUCUUGUUUGAUACUGAUCAUGUUUUAAGUGACAAAUUAUCAAGGAAUAAAUGGAUGUAAUAUUACAGUGAUUUUAGCUGUACCUAUUUAAAUGAGGACACAGGUUUGGUCAAGUUCAGUUAUAAAUGCAUUUAACAUUGACAUGUUUUUCAACUAUUUCAAACAUCUGAACAUCAGAUAUUCUUUUAUCCAAACCUACCUAUUAUGUGGAUGAUUAUUAUAAAAUAAGGUCAAAUGAUUUGAUCAACACGAAUAAAUAUUAAUCAGCAGACAGUUUUAAAUGAGCCAUUAGAUCAAUCAUGUAAUCUUUUACUUAUGGCAAAGACAAUUUGUAUUGCCUUCCUAACAUAAUUGUAUGAUUUUUUUACAAGUCUCAUAGCUUAAAUUCUAUUGGAGUUUGAGAACAGCAUUCCUCCUGUGUAGUAUUUGCAUUAUUCAUAAAAUGAUACCAUCAUCAGUGGCACUUCAGCCCAUUUAGGGUCCUGGCCUGCUUCACCACAUCCUUCCAUUCGGAUGUAUCCGUGGCUUGCCGCCUCCAUGUGUGACCCCAAAACUGGUGUAAGUCCUUCUCUACAUCAUCGAUUCAUCUCAGUCUAUAAAAAAAAAAACUAGUUAAAUGGUUGAUGAACAUUUAUUUAUAUUCCUACCAGUAUUUAUUAAUCAUUUUUGGACGUGCUUUGUGCUAUAAAUAUUCAUUUUUUUUUUCUUUCAUUUAAAAUUCAUUGUUCACAAAUUCAAUUUCUGGUUCUUUGAUUAAUCUAGUAUCUUCAUGGAAUCACUUUUAGGUCUCUUGGUGGCACUAUAUAAAAAAAAUGGACAAAAGUUUAAGCAUUUCAUUAUUUUGAUUAGGACUAGUUUGGUUUUGAAGUCCAUCCAAAAUAUUUUUUUAAGUAAUUAUAGAUGAGUUUGGAGUCCACAAAGAAUGCUUUAGUAUCUAUAGAAUUGUAUUUUUAUGGCUUUACAUGAUUUAUGUUCCAGUCUACCAAAGUGCUCCCUGAAUCAUUCUGUUUUGAUCUACCCAUUAUGUCUUUUUUAUACCUGGGUUGUCUAAUAUUUACUCUAGCUCAGCAUCAUCAUUAGGUUCUUAAUACUGGCUUGAGAUACAUUAAAUGACCCUGUUUAAUACUCUUUACAUGUUUAACUUUUCAAUGCCUUAUAAAAAAAAUUUUUAUUUUUUUUUUAAAGUUCUCACAAUGAACAAAAAUACAAUAAAGUAAAAAAUGUGCUUGCUUGUCAUGAAACUUUUAGGGCUGUGAAAAUUUAGCCCUUGUGCCAGACAGAAUGUUUUGACUGAUAACUCAUGCAGAAACAUUACCAAUAAUUCAUCACAGGAUGCUUUUGACAGACGUUAAUUAGCAAAGGAUGCAGUUGAAUUGGCUGAAGAAUAAUUACCAAUGUCAAAUUUGUUUUAACCAGGGCAGUUGCAGUCCUCUGCAAAUAGUGAUUUAUGGGAGCCAUACUGCAUCCUGGAAUGACUAGAAUUGUAGGACCCAUUGAAAACUGAAGAGGGUGCCACAGCCCAGUGUCCUCCUACCAUCUCCUUCACCAACUCUCUUUCCAUGGGUGCAAGUCACCCAAUACCGCUCUCCCCCCUUCCACAUCCUAUACAUUGUAUAAAAUCAAAUAGACAGUUGGUUUUGGCUUCAAACAGGCCAUCUGCAAGUGUCCAUUUGCUGUGUCCUAUUGACUGCAGAGUUCUUAUGGAAUUUUCCACACAUACCAGUUUCAAUUUUACUGGCCAUGACAGAAUGUUUCUGACCAGUUGACAUGCAUGCUUUUUAUUUAAAUAUGCAUCUCAUUGAUAUAUUACAAAAAAAGUUAAAUAAUCUGCACCGUGAGCUGGUGGUAACAGCAGACAGCCAUGCAGCCCAAUCAUUUCUUCUUCAGUCUACUGACUGUGCUAAUUCAGUUUUAAUAUGUUGCUCAUAGUAUGUCGGCUUCAUUUGAGAUUUUUUCUUUCUGAAUUGAUAUUCUAGUUUUGUACGGGUUCUGUAGUGUAGACUGAUGUUUACAACUUACUUCUAUAGUGUAGACUGAUGUUUAAAACUUACUUCUAUAGUGUAGACUGAUGUUUACAGCUUACUUCUAUAGUGUAGACUGAUGUUUAUAGCCUACUUCUAUAGUGUAGACUGAUGUUUACAGCUUACUUCUAUCAUGUAGACUGAUGUGUACAGCUUACUUCUAUAGUGUAGACUGAUGUUUACAGCUUACUUAUAUAGUGUAGACUGAUGUUUACAGCUUACUUCUAUCAUGUAGACUGAUGUGUACAGCUUACUUCUAUAGUGUAGACUGAUGUUUACAGCUUACUUCUAUACUAUAGACUGAUGUUUACAGCUUACUUCUAUAGUGUAGACUGAUGUUUAUAGCCUACUUCUAUAGUGUAGACUGAUGUUUACAGCUUACUUCUAUGGUGUAGACUGAUGUUUACAGCUUACUUUCAGCUAUCAUUGAGAAAGUCAGAUUAGAAAGAAAACAUCUUAAGUUUCAUUUAUGUAAAGAUUUCACUCAUAAAAUUCCAAAAGUUAAAUGGCUCUUUCUUGAAACUUGGGCCAUGGAAUUGACUUAGGCAAAAUUUUAUGUGUUCAGUGUAUUGAAUAAUUGUUAGAUGGAUUUUGUCAUCUUGUUUAAACUUUGUUAUCAAGAACAUCGCUUAUUUGAGACUUACAUGAGUGUGAUUCACAUAAAAUGUAUCAGUUGUUGGAGAAUGCUGUUUAAGAGUUUUAUAUAUAAAAUAUAUUCUAUCAAGCAAGGAAUACUUUAAAUUUCAAGGCAAUGAGUUACAAAAUAAAUGGCAGAAUGAAGAGAUUAACUUUGGUAACAAGAAAGAAGGCUGUGUAACUUCCUAAAAUGAUGUGUCCAAGAUUCUGCCUAAAUGUAGGCUUAUAAUAUAAUGGUCCUGAGUUUAUGUCAGGCAGAGCUUUGAUUGGUGUUAAGCCUGAUCCUUUGAAAUUAUUUAUUUAUUAAUUUUUAUUUUAUUUGAAGUUCUUUGAUAAGAUAAAAUGUUUGGUUUUUUUUUUUUAUCAUGGCUUG